AUGCAGGCCGGUGCAUUUUCUGCAGGCGCUCCCACGUCGGGCUUCAGCUUUGGGGCCAAGCCCACGGGCUUUGGUACCUUCGGUACCUUCGGUUCUGGGUCUACUUCAGCAGGAGGCACGACGUUUGGCGGGGGCUUUGGGGCCAAGCCCAGCAUGGAGUUUGGAAGCCUAGCCGGGCAAGCCCAAAACACGACUCAGCAAAGUGAGAUGGCACGGGUUAUCAACACAAUAGGAGCUGGAGUGUUUGCCACAGUACUGGAAAAGGCCUAUCUGCCAACCGAAUCAGAUACUUGCCUCUUCAAGGCGAACUUUAAAUCAGCAGGACUAAAGUUAGACAAGCCGUUACCAACUACCACAGCCACAUCUGGUACGCUAGGGUCCUCGGGCACUUUAGGGUUUGGGACAAAGCCAGGAGGGUUUGGCGGCUUCGGAGGAGGAGGCGUUUUGGGGCAAAGUGGAGGAUCUGGUUUUGGUUUCGGCCUUGGCUUCCAACAAAAGCCUGCUCAAGGUAAGUCAGAUGCAAAUGAAGUUGUCGGGAUAGAGGGGCUGGUUACACGCGCAAAUACCCACACUGCUAAACUUAGCGAGCUCAAGGAUGGAUUGUCUUCGCCGUCUGCUUAUAACUUUGACGAGCGUCUAAACGACUUGGUCAAUCACUCGAAUGUCAUUUCAUCUCUUUUAUCUCAAUGCACCUCCCUUUACGGAGCUAUUUCUUUUAAACUCAUGAAGAUUAUUGAAGAGCGGGAGUAUGGGUGUUCCAAUCCGGCUCAGCGGAAAGCAAUACUCAGUGCAGCGACUCAGCUAGGUGAUAUGGUUGAAGGGACGACAAGAGAGCUUGUAACCCUCUCAUCGAUGCGUAGCGGGUUUGGAGAUUUCAACACUCUUUGGAUGACCCUUGACUCCCGGACCACUGCAGAUUUAAGAGCUUUCAUUGCCCAAGAGCUGGAGUUUUUGGAGCAGCUGCGUGUCAAGCUUGUCCACAAACGGGCAGAAUCGGACGCAGCGCCAUCGGAUAACCUGAGCAUUAGCCAUUUAACCUGA